AUGACGGAUGCCGACGGCGGUCACGCAGGGUACCCGCUAAGCAUGCGGCGAAGCUCCAGCUCUGCAUCAUGGAUUGAUUCCACGAUCCACAGUAACAUCAGUGUCAAAUACGAUGUCAACGCCAGCGCUCUCUCGGUGGAUGCCACGGGAUCUGUGGGCGUCCUUGCGGGGAGGAAAGGGCUGUACGUGAUCGAUCUCGAGUCGCCGUACCAACCCGCCCGCACCCUCCAUCACCAGACCAAGUGGGAUGUCACAGUCGUCAAGUGCAACCCCCACGUGCUCUACAAAGGGGUGGUUGCGUCCACGUCGAAUCACAACACAUUGCUGUGGAACAUCGACUACAACACAUCCUCGCACGUCGGCGGCGGCGUCCUGUCUUCCCAUCAGCCUCUCAUGUCUACCCUUCGCGCACACACCCGUCCUGUGAGCGACGUCGCGUGGAGUCCGUCCGAGCCGACCGUGCUCGCGUCGUCGUCUGCCGACACCACCACGCAUCUGUGGGACAUUCGAACCCCCCGAAAGCCCGCGCAAUCGCUUUGUGCGUUCACCACCAGUGCGACACAAGUGGAAUGGAAUCGACUCGAUGCGUUCUCGUUGGCCACGGCGCACGCCGGCGAACGGUUUCUGCAUAUAACCAUGAUAGGUACGGUCACGACGGGCGCCCCCGUGUGGCGCGCCAGGUACACGCCAUUUGGGGACGGACUGCUCACUUCAUUCAACCGACAAGACCAUUUUGUACGGCUGUGGAGUCUUACAAGAGACAAUACUAACCUCGUUGAGCCGAAACUGGUGUUUGAUUUUGUCGGGCACAAAGACUUGGUCAAGGGAUUUGCGUGGCGACAUCAAGAGGCUGACCACGGGAAUCCCACGGGGGUAUUUCAGUUGAUUUCGUGGAGUAAACAGCAGGAACUUCGCAUGUGGAAGGUGGACAUGGCGUUGUUGGAAGGCUGCGGACUUGCGAAAUCGUACCCCCCGACCUCGAAUCAGAAUCAGAAUCAGCCCCCACACUCGUCCGACUGGAGUUGCUUGGUAGAUGACAUUGCCGUUACAUCGUCUGUUGAUGCGGGUCCGUCGACUCCAUAUGGAGUCCCGCCGACUUCGAGACAUCACUCGACGCAUGUCAUGUCUGCGUACAAGUUUGACCUCACGGCACUCAAAGCCGACUUUAUCCCGCUGCCCCUGCCGCCGCCGCCCCCUCUACAUGCUACUACUACUAGUAGUACUACUACUAGUAGUACUACUACUAUUCCAUCUCACCCGCCACCUGCCGUCGAGUCCAACGACAACAAGACUAGUAGUACUAGUACUACUACUACUCGGCAUCGUCGAGAUGUGAUGGCGAAUGUCGAGGAAUGGCAUCCCGCGCACGACCCUGCUGCGAACCGCGUGAUGACAUCCCAUCCUCCUCAUCCUCCUCAUGGCGGCGGCGGUAUCGACGACGACGUGUUGUGUCUGAGCAGCGCGGGAGGACCUGCCGCCGCCAUCCGCCCGACCAUUCGGGAGCCGAUUCGACGGGUAUCUGGCGGUUGCUUUAGCGGCCCCAACUGCCUCGUGUACUUUGACUCGCGCGUCGCGAUUGGCCAGUCCAAGGUCCUGCACACAUCCGCCCGACCGGUCGUCGUCCUCCCGCCGCCGACGUCCGGGUCGUCGUCGCGUCCUCCCCUGUCGUUUAUGACGACAACCAACAACAUGGACUUUAACGUGUUUGUGGACGAACCAGACAAUGGAACGGUGUCACAUGAAUCUGAUGACCACAAUACACUGUAUCUCAGCCGCCAGUUUCUGCCCUAUCACCCGUCGCCUCCAUCAUACCCCCGGCAUCGCCACAGCCAUGCCACCGCCCUCCCAUCAACGUUGAUGUCCACAACCAAUCUCACUACUACUAGUACUACUACUAGUACCGCUACUACUACUACUACAAGCAACUACCAGACCAGCAACAAUGCCGACUCGACGUUGGUCUUGCGAGUCCACAUCUUAGACUGUGCCAACCUAUGCCAUCACUCGUCGAUGCUCAUAACGACCCCGGACGUCCAUGCCGCCGCCGCCGCCGCCGCCGGAAACAUUGAGCAAGCUCAAAUGUGGUCGAUUCUGUCCGUGUCGACGGGUCUCGACUUGAUCGACGGAUCGUCACUUCACCUGCCGCCGUGGCACGCGCAUCCGUUCGGGUCGUCGUUGGUGCGGCACAUGCUCGAGCUGUACGAAGCUGCCGGCGACGUCUCGACCCUCGCGGCCAUCGUGUGCGCCGUCCACUUGUCUCAACCACCGCCGCCAUCACCGUCCUCCGCCCGCCGCCUCGUCAUGGAAGCACCCGCGACGAGGACGACGUCGUCCGGUUCGACCGACUCGAUUGACGACGACGCCGUGCUGUCGCCAGGCAGAUCUUCCACCGCCAAGGACCAGCCGAACCUGUCGCCACUGCUUGACCGAUCGGACCUGGCGCGGUAUGACGGGUACAAGCGCGCGCAAGCCGAUCUGCUGUACCGCCAAGGCGCGACCAACGCCCGAUGCGACUUACUCAAGCAUUUACACACCCCGUCCGACCCACACGUCGGAUUGACCCUGGCAGUCUACUGCUGCCACUGUGGCCGGCCGUGCAACGAACUAUACUGCGACGCGUGUCAAAAGUUUAGCGUCCAAUGCGCCGUGUGUGAGUUGAUUGUGCGUGGGCAGAGUAUGUACUGUAUGAACUGCGGACAUGGCGGCCAUACCGACCAUCUAGUAGCAUGGUUUGCUACCGAGAAUGCAUGCCCGACGGGAUGCGGAUGCUGGUGCAAACAAGCCCCCGGCCCCGCCGAGUUUCAAAUCCCCGCCACCCCCACGCAUUUUGCACGGUCGUACUCGUUUUAAAAAAAAGUAUUUAAAAUAAUAUCCACAGAA